AGGAGGAGCUGAGGCGGUGCUUCCCGCCCUUCCUCCUCCUCCUCCUCCUCCGCGCCCGCCGGACCGGGACAGAGCGGCAGAGCCAGGGCUCCUCAGCCGCUGCCGGGGCCCGGGGGAGCAGCCGGGCUGCCUCCGGCCAUGGUGGCCCGCUCGUCGCCGGCGGGGCAGGAGCAGGCGCGGCGGCGGCGGCCGCCAUUGCUCGCGGGGGCCGCGGUACUAUGAAGGAUGGAAGCGGACGAGGUGACGAUCCGGGAGCAGAACUUCCACAGCCAAGUGCGGGAGUACACGAUCUGUUUUCUCCUGUUUGCUGUUCUCUACAUAGUUUCCUACUUUAUAAUCACAAGAUACAAAAGGAAAGCAGAUGAACAAGAGGAUGAAGAUGCCAUUGUUAACAGAAUAUCGCUGUUCUUGAGCACCUUCACUCUAGCAGUUUCAGCUGGUGCAGUCCUGCUUCUACCUUUCUCAAUAAUCAGCAAUGAGAUCCUGCUUUCUUUUCCACAAAACUACUAUAUUCAGUGGUUAAAUGGCUCACUAAUUCAUGGUUUGUGGAAUCUUGCCUCUCUUUUUUCAAAUCUGUGUUUAUUUGUGUUGAUGCCCUUUGCAUUUUUCUUCCUGGAAUCAGAAGGAUUUGCUGGCUUAAAAAAGGGCAUCAGAGCAAGGAUUUUGGAAACCCUUGUAAUGCUCAUUCUUCUUGCACUGCUUAUCCUUGGAAUUGUAUGGGUGGCUUCAGCACUCAUAGACAAUGAUGCUGCCAGUAUGGAGUCUUUAUAUGACCUCUGGGAAUUCUACCUCCCGUAUUUAUAUUCCUGUAUAUCAUUGAUGGGAUGCUUGUUACUGCUGUUGUGCACACCAGUGGGGCUCUCGCGGAUGUUUACAGUAAUGGGUCAGUUGCUGGUGAAGCCGACAAUCCUGGAAGACCUAGAUGAGCAGAUGUAUAUCAUCACUUUAGAGGAAGAAGCAAUUCAGAGGAAGCUUAAUGGUGUAUCUUCCACAGUGGAAUACCAGACAGUAGAGUUGGAACGUGAGCUUGAAAAAGUGAGAAGCAAGAAAACAAAUCUAGAACGGAGGAAAAAAGCUUCUGCUUGGGAAAGGAAUUUAGUUUAUCCAGCUGUCAUGAUAUUGCUCCUGACUGAGACAUCCUUUUCAGUUCUUUUAGUCGCUUUCAACAUUCUUUACCUGUUGGUUGACGAGACUGCAAUGCCAAAGGGAUCAGGGGGACCUGGAAUAGGAAAUGCCUCCUUAUCCACCUUUGGCUUCGUGGGAGCAGCACUUGAAAUCAUUUUGAUUUUCUAUCUUAUGGUAUCUUCUGUCGUCGGCUUCUACAGUCUUCGUUUUUUUGAGAAUUUCACUCCCAGGAAGGAUGACACAACUAUGACAAAGAUAAUUGGAAACUGUGUCUCAAUCUUGGUGCUGAGCUCUGCUUUGCCAGUGAUGUCAAGGACACUGGGAAUCACCAGAUUCGAUCUCCUUGGAGACUUUGGAAGGUUCAACUGGCUGGGAAACUUCUAUAUUGUGUUAUCUUACAACUUGCUCUUUGCUAUCAUGACAACGUUGUGUCUAGUCAGAAAGUUCACUUCUGCUGUGCGAGAAGAGCUCCUGAAGGCAUUAGGAUUAGAUAAACUUCAUCUAUCAAACAAUCCAAGAGACUCGGAGACAAAGCCUUCUGCAAAUGGCCAUCAGAAAACACUGUGAUAACAAUCAUCUGCAAUCAGCAGAGCUGAAAACAUCGACCUCAUGGCAUUCCUGUCAUCUCAUCAGCAUUUUUAUAUUGCUUUUAGUUGUUAGUUUGGGUCGAGCCUUGUCUCGUUUUGAUGCUGUGUGCUUCUGAGGAAGUUAGAUGUGUCAGAUUCUUCUCUUUCCAGUGAACUUUUGGUUUGCUUGUUUAUUUCCCAGGAAGUUAAUGCAGGAGGUGCCUUGAAGACUGGAAGCUGAAGAGAAAAAUGCAUUCCUUUUUAUUUGUUGAAAGUUUCACAUCUUUAUUUUUAGACUUGCUACCAUUUGAAUGCACAGUACCUCCUGUGUUAUACAAACACAGCUAUAAAGAAUAACUUUGGGACUUGAUUUAAAAAAAAAGAAAAAGAAGAAAACAUACACUUGAAGGCCAACAUGACCCUUACUGAAAAUGUAAAGUAGCUGGAGUAGGUACCCGUGACAGGAGAUAAACAGCUCCACUGAGAGUGAGUUAAAAAAGGACAGGAGAGAUCCCAGUGCUGGAUGCAGUAGGCUGUGUCACGGUGCUUUCUCAGAAGGCCAGUGUUUUCAGCUCUCUGUCCUUAGCUCCAAAUGCCAGCUUGCUUUACUGGUGGACAAACGAUGUCUUAUGGAAGUCCAAGAUGAAGAUUAACUUCAGUGUUAAAUCUGAGCCUAGUAUGCUUUGUAAAAAGCUGUGUAGACCCACUGUUACAGCUCUCACAGUUCUGUGAGCUGUUGUGCCCUGGAGGUCCCUUCCCCUACCCAGUACCCCCUAUGAAAUUCUUGAUGAACUACUGUGUGUAAGCAGUACCUGGAAUCAAUGCAAGGAGCACAGGCCUAGGAGGCUGCAGUUGCAGUUUUCUACAAUCUUUAAUUUGAAGUAAAUUUCUCUGAAUUUAUAGUUCAGUUACCAGGAUUUCUGUUCAGUGGCAUAACCCAGUUAUCUGUCACUAGCCUGAUUUUUAAUGUGCACAUGAGCAUGUAUAUAGGCCUGUAUGUGUAGAUAUCAUAAAUUAAAUUCCAAGGUUAUAGAGAUGACAGUAGGUGGUUUAGUAAGUAAAACACGUGUGUUCAGUCUUGGUAGUUUGAAUUUCUGAAGUGUUACAGUUUAACUGCUCAGAGGCCUUUGAUUCAAGAUGGCAUCAGUGGGUGAUAAUGUCCUUUCUUGUAGCAUUUCCUUGCAGCCUUAGGAAUCCUUUAAGCAGUUUAUAGUAAAGAAAAAUACCAAGUAAGUAUUCAAAAUCUGGUUGCACUUUUGUCCUGCUCAGCCACAACAGACUGGAAUGGAGAUGCCUUCAGUGAGUGCCCCUUCAUGUGGGGAGCCAGAAAAUUUUCUUACUCAUUUUCCAUUUCUGUAAAACAAGUCUGCCUGUCUGUAGUUUGAGGUCUUAUAUUAAUUGGUGACAACUUGGUUUCCAGCAUGGUUCCAAAAUAAGGUAAGCCUUGUGUCAGAAACUCUUUGGCUGUUCUCUUGAGAUGACUGCUCUGGGCUGUAGAAUUCAUUGCUGUGUGUGUGAAUGUCUGCUUGUGUUUUUUUUUUUUCCCCUAAAGUGCUUCAAAAAUCAAGCUCCAGUACACAUGAGGAUUUAUCUUCUUUCCAGCUGCCUUCUCUGACUUGAACUGGGGCAUAAUGUAAAUAUUUCUGUAGUAAAUAUGAUGCUAGAGAAUUACUUUUUUUGUGUGUGUGUGAUUAGUAUAAAUUCAAGGUUUAUUGAACUGACUAUUGAUAUGUUGUAUCAAGUCUUGGAAGAAAAGUAAAAUUACUUGAUUUCACUAAGAUUUACAAGCAUCUUUUCUCUUGUUUAGUGCUGACACUUUAGUGAGAAAUCUUUAUCUGAGUCAAAGUUCUGCAACCAAUAACAGAAAGCUAUAAUUACAAGUUGUUCUAAAAUGAGUUUAUAUUUAAAAUACUGGGAGAUAUAUUAUUAGGGGCAUCAGUCAGUUAUUCUCAGAGCUUGUAGCCUUUUGUACUGGCAUCAUAGUUAAAACCUGGUGAAAUGUGUUCCACUUUUUCAUGCAAGUUGUAUGAUCAAAAUUGUCCUCAUGUCUUAAUGGGGCUGGUGAACUGUGGUGUGAGGCCAGUUAGCUUUAUAGUGGUACUUCUGUUACAGGGCUAAGACAGUUAAUACACUGAAGAAAUGAAUAUUAGGAAUUAACCUAGGAGUAUGACCCAGCAUAGGUCUUGCUCUUCGUGCCUUUGGAGAGAUGUUUUGUCAUGGCAUCAGUGACCCAAGAACACAGGAAAAGGUGGAUUAUAAUGUGUGUGUGGCUUCUGCAAGUGAGUUAGGCAAUUACUUCAACUGAGCAGGGGCAGUUCCUGCUGAGAAGCACCCAAGCUUCAGGCAAGACUUUAAAACUCUUUUUCAAAACAAAUGUUACGGCCUUGACUGUCCCCACCCCUUGUGCUGGAUUCUGCAGGCAAAUGUGUGGGUUAAGGCUAUGUUAGGGAAGACUUUACACUGGACUCUUUGGGAUGGUUGAGGUGCUGUGUGGUUUCCAGGAUGGAUGAGAAAUUCAGAACUACCCUGUGCAACUACUGACAGUGUUUUGUUUUAAAAUCAACUGCUGACAUUAUGACACUGUCUACAUUAAAAUAUGCCUUUGGCCUUGAAAAUGACAUGCUUAUGCAAAGCUUUGCCACUGCAUGCAAGAUACAGGUCACUGUAUACUAUUCACAGAAUCACAUGGUCACUUAAUUACAAGCAACUGGUAAUUCAUUAAUGGAUAUUGACAAUACAUUCCUAGUAUUUUGACUCAUGUAGAGUCAGGUGGUCUAUACCUUCAAGGUAUAUACAGCUGAUCUUAGUAACAUUAACAUCUGCCUCACUUCUUACGAGGCAAAAAGCACAUCAAUGCUUCCAUCUUCAACUAGAUACCACACAAGACCAAAAAAUAGAUGUAAACGGAGUGUUUUAAGUUAGCUGUUUUUUGGCUUUUUUUCUGUGUUGGUAGCACAAUAUUAAAUACAAUUGCAGAACUGUAUUAUUUGUGGGGUUUCUAAGCAUAAAGCACACAUGCUUAUCACUGUAAGCUAAAAAAUAGUAGUAUUGGUUACUGUGCAAGUAACAGUUUUGCAUUCUUUGUUUACUGUCUGUAAUGUGCUGUUUAUCUUCGGCCCUGUUCCUCUGAUACCUUUGACCCUGUUGGCUGUUUUAGUGUCAUAGAAAUUAAAAGAUUUGACAAGUUGUUUUCCUUGUUUGGUUCCCAAGUACCACCUGGAGCACCAGUGGAGGGAGGGCUGGGCUGCCCAUGCAGGCAGGAAGGAGCUCCUGCAGCAGGUGCUUGGCAGGAGGGACACGGGAGCAGAUCCUGGGGACACAUGUCACCAGGAGUGGCACAUCCUUCCCUGUGUCACCAGGAGGGAUGAGUGCCAAGGGACUGCAGCCCUUGUCCAUCCCACCAUGUCUCUGCACUCACCCCUGAGGCUGCAGCAGCUGAUGCUACUUGAGGUGCUCACAUGUGCCCAGUGCUGUAUAGUGAAGACAUGAUGGCCCUUUUCUUAAAGAAUAUACAGUCUAAAUUAGAAAGUAAUGAAGUAGAAACAGAAAGCAGUUGACCUCUUCCUGCAUGUGGCUUUCCUUGAGUUCUUGCAGCAUGCUCUAGGUUAUUUCCCAUCUCUUCUUCCUCUCCCAGAAGUGGGGUGGUGGUGUAUGUACAGCAGCUGAGCCUUACCCUUAGUGGACUGGCGUCUAAAAUUUUGAAAUAACAAAUACAGGAAAACAGCUAAGUCCUGUUUAACAUAUUCUCUGAUCUUGAAAAUAACAUUUUUUUUUAAAUCAGGGUGAAAUAAUCUAAACAGACACAGGACAUUAAGGCCACAUAAAUAACCUCUUCAAAAAGAAAUGUUCUUAGUUUUGUUUAAAAAAAUGUUGAUGUGAACUGUGAAGCUUUAAUUGUUUUAAUGAAAUAAGAUUCCCUACCUCCUAGUAUUAGGAUUUUUGUUGUUAUUUAGUGCUGAGUUGAGACAAUGUUGCCUACAGUGACUUCCCUCCCCAACCCAUGAACACUGAAUUUGCUAUUUGUAAGCUGGCAGGUUAUUUCAGUCACUUUGUCAGAUUUGAACUUUUACAAAAAUGCUACUUUUGAAAUUGUCCCAUUCAGCAAGAGCCAACUAAAGCCACAGCCACCAACCACACAGUGAUACAACUUCUACCCCCUUUACUGCCUUGCCCCCUUCAGACAGACAAAACAUGAAAUAGCAGAAGAAUCCACAAAGAUUUGAUUUAUGCACUGUAAAAAAACAUAUUAGAAGGCAACUUUAAUGGAAGGCUUUUGAAAUAUUUCACAAUUGAAACACCUAGAACUCUUCUUUCAAAGAGAAAGAAAUAUGUAUCAUUAGUAUACAAAUGUCAUUUGUAUGUUCUCUAAAAUAAGCCAGUAAUUCACUGACGCUGAAAAAAAAAAAUUCAUCACUUCUUAAAAUCUCUUUGUGAUUCACAGUGAAACAGUAUCUUGGACUUUUAUAGAAGCCUGUGAACUUCUGAAGGUAUCUCUGUCUUGACAAGAGAAACCUUAGGAUGCUUGCUAGUUUUGUGUUAACUACCAUAUUUUAUCAGUAACUUUUUAGCUUCAUUUAUUGCUCAUGAAUUUUUAAAAAUAUACAUAGCAUUAAAUGUUUGAAGAAAUACAGAAGGUGACUCCAAACAGUCAAAGAGAUAGUGUGAGAAAUAUCCUGUAAAUGCUGAUAUUCUUGACAUACUGAAUUCCAAGCUGUUUAGAAACUGUAUCUGUGUGAAGGCCUUACAUCAAAUAGAAAUUAGGAAAUCCUAAUUCUUAAAGGCUUUUAGGUAUCUGAAUGUUGAUGGGUACCUACUUGAGCAGUUUGGAAUGCUGCUUCUAGAUGUUUGUUGAUCACUAACCCCAAGUGCUGCUGUUGCUUUUCUCCCUACCCCCAUUACAUUAAGUUUUAUAGUCGGCACCACUGGAUGAAACUUCUUUCCUGAACAGGGCUUUAUUUUGCAUUCCUCCUCUUCUCCCUGCUUCCACAGAUACCAGCUAUUGGAGUAGUGGGGCACCUGCUUUGAUUUUAAUGUGUUUCUUUUCCCACAUAGCCUGUAGAGAGAUAUUCCCUAGUUAGAACUGUUCUUCCACUACAAAAAUGUUCACAUUUCUUAAUUUGUUUUUUACCACUAGAUUCCAUUUAAGCAAUCUUGUCACUAGAGCCUCCUCUAACAAAUUGCCAAGAGCUCAAUCAUGAAUCAUGAGUGAGAGGGUUUAGCCAUUGCAUAUAUUUGUGCUUUUAGCUUCCAGUGGUAUGAGGGUACAGCCCCACUUCUCAGUGAGGGGAAUGAGCUGGUUUGGCCACUGGGAGCCCCUGGGGUGGCUGUCACUGCAGGGUGGCUCUUGUUGUGGAACUGCUGUGCAGCUCUUCUGCUGUGGGAUGUCCAGAGAGACCUCCCUCAGUGGGAGGUGGACACACUUUGUGUCAGCUCUCAGCAGGGUCAGGCGGUGUGAGGUGCUGAGGCGAGGCUCUUCUGUUCUCUAGAUAUUUGUAUUUCACGUGUAUGAGCACCUUUUGGGCCUUCUCUCCCCAUGUGAAUUGAUCAUUCAGAGAAGUAGCAUGAUAGUGAUACCUGUGCAGUGGAUUCAGUGGGUGUAUUUAAAUGUUUAAGAAGAGAAUUAGCUGGUGUAUGAUUUCCCAUUUCCCCCUAAAGGAUGAGUUUUUUCCAGUUUGGACCAAAAUUCUUAAGAGUCACAAAAUCUCUGUGAGUACUUUCUUCUCCUUGGCUUUAUAUAACAAAAAAUUUCAGUCACUUUUGCUUUCUUAAAAGUAGCUUUCAAAGUAUUUUUGCCUUACUUGGUGUGAUUUAUGUUCCUUUAAAGAGAAGUGGUUAGAAAAAGAUGAUCUAUUUAGGUCAUGGGAUUUGAAAUCUUGGUGUGUGUGUGUAUGAAACACAUGUACACAAAAAAGCAUGUAUUUCCUUUCCUGUGAGGUUUGGGACCCAACCCCACAUUACCUAAAUAGAAAUCAUGUGUUGCUCUUGUCUCCACUAAAUUUUGUCUUUAAAAUUCCCAGUGAGGAGACUGAGGGUGUUCUCAGGGUGCUGCUGGCACCCCGAUCCCUGUUGCAUGGAAUUGGCUUCUUGUGUGCUUAGGUGGCAUGACCAUAAAUACACAAUUCUGAGCUGGCCUGUCCAUGGCUGUUGGUGCUGCUGGCUGGGCUGUGAUGAUGGCAGCAGGUACCUUCACUGUGCACAUUCAGGUUUUUCACUGCAGUGUUACUGGUUAAUAUCACAGUUUACAAAAAAAAAUUAUAAAUUACGCACAAUCUCUAAACUGCGUGAAGCUGGGAGGUGCUGAAUGGAACUGGUGGUCCCCUCUUGGUCUGAUUUGUGCUUUAGGUUUUGUAAACUCCAUAGUCUUGAGCAGCUGACUUUUCUUUCACGUGGUUGUAUCUGACCAAGGUAUAACACAGCUGAAAAAUUGUGCUUUGAGUGUUGCUUUAAUCCCAACAAUUUUUGGUGUAGAUACCUUCUCCCCAUCAAACCCUUCCUGGUUCAUUUUAGGUCGUCCAGAAUUAUGAUUUAUAAUGUUCUCUGUUGUGGGUAUUUUAUUGUGUUACAAAAAAAAAAAAAAAAAAAAGAAAAUAUCUGCUGCCUUAGCUAGGCUGGUUUUGUUUUGUUCUGUGGAAAGCAGUGGUCAUGUUUUUUUCCUUUGUUUGAAAUGUUACACUGAUUGUUUUGUAGGAUUUUUUUUUUUACUGUGUUUUCAAUAAAGGUGAAGUGUGAUUUAUAGCAGA